GUUAAGUGUAUUUUUCGAUAUAAGUCGAUUAGGAAAUCCGAUACACACAACAAAUACGGCGGCACCUUUACCACACCCGGCCGGCAGCCCCGCCACAAAUUAAAACUGAAUGACUGAUAGAUUAUGCUGAGCUUAAUCUGUUAGUUCGAUACAAAUAUGCGAGGCGCGAGUUUUCUCUGGAAAUUUUGCAAAUCAUCUUUCACAUUUGGGUUAAUAGGUCUUACGAUAUCCGACCGUUUUGCAAGUGUUGUCCAUAUAAGAGGUUUGUCUAUGUCACCCACGUUGAAUCCUCCCAACAACGCUCCUUUGGGAUUGUUAACCGAUGACCAUGUAUUGGUGGAGAAACGUUGUCUGACGGAUUACAAAUUCUCACAUGGUGAUGUUGUAGUUUUCUGCUCCCCAAAUAGUUACACAGAGAAGAACAUAAAACGUAUAACUGCCAUGCCAGGUGACUGGAUCAAUGUUCCUCUAUCAUAUGAUGCUGUCAAGAUUCCGGAAGGACAUUGUUGGGUUGAAGGAGACAAUCCAUCUGACAGCAUGGACUCCCGAUCCUUUGGCCCGAUUCCGUUGGGCUUAAUUCGUGGAAGGGUUACACACAUUAUCUGGCCCCCUCAAAGGGUCCGGAAAAUUGAAAGAAAGUUUCCUCAAGGUGGGCUCACCUUUUAAGGUGAGUUUAGAUACUUGAUUUUAGAAUGUCGUAUCUGCAUCGCUUGACAUGCAUUAUAUGAUUCUUUUGAUUUGUUAACAACAAACCAGAUUUUAUUAAUGUUUAUUAUUUUGCAAAACAAUUGUCCUGCAUUUUUGUAAACUAGUGAUUGUGAUAAUGCAUCUUUUUUGGGUA